AUGAUUGGUAUGGCCAAGAAGGAACCUUUGAAGAGCCUAUGGGAAGAGAAAGCCUACAGAAACUGUGGCAGAAGUACAAAGUGGACCUUGCUUUCUACGGCCAUGUCCAUAACUAUGAGCGAAGCUGCCCCAUUUACGAGAGCCAAUGUGUGAACAACGAUAAGGAUCACUACUCAGGGACCUUCAAAGGAACUAUCCACGUUGUUGUGGGUGGUGCAGGAAGUCACUUGUCUCCCUUUAGCUCACUGGUACCCAAAUGGAGUUUGGUCAGAGACUAUGACUUUGGGUUUGUGAAGUUGACUGCUUCUGAUCACUCAUCGCUUCUCUUUGAGUACAAGAAGAGCAGCACUGGCCAAGUGUACGACUCCUUCAAUAUCUCUAGAGAUUACAGAGAUGUUUUGGCUUGCACUCACGAUAGCUGCGAGCCCACCACAUCAGCUGGAUGAUCUUUCUUCUGUU